AUAAGUAAUUAACAGAAUUUAUGUAAUUAAUUAACUAAUUAAAAUAAUAAACAUGUUUAAUCAUCAGGAAACAAGACAUCGUCAAUGGCUGCCCUCGCCUUUGCUAAGCUCAUCGGCUCCGCCGUUCGGUUCCGCUCCAGCACCAAUGCCCUCCGCGUCCUUUCCUCUCGCUCCGUUCUCUUCUCCACCUCCUCCCCCGCCCAUACCAUCUCCGUCGGGGACAAGCUUCCUGAUGCCACCGUCUCCUAUUUCGAUCCAACCGGGGAACUCCGCACUCUGACUGUCUCCGAGCUGACCAAAGGAAAGAAGACAAUCAUCUUCGCGGUGCCUGGGGCCUUCACCCCCACAUGCUCCCAGAAGCACCUCCCCGGGUUUGUUGACAAGUCCGGGGAGCUGCGGGCCAAGGGGGUGGACGCCCUCGCUUGUGUCUCAGUGAACGACGCCUUCGUGAUGAGGGCCUGGAAGGAGAGCCUCAGAAUCGGGGAAGAGGUGCUGCUGCUGUCCGACGGCAAUGGCGAUUUCACCAGGGCCCUCGGUGUAGAGCUAGACCUACGAGAUAAACCUGCAGGCCUUGGAAUCAGGUCCAGGCGAUACGCCAUGUUGGUUGAGGAUGGAAUCGUCAAGGUACUCAACCUGGAAGACGGCGGAGCCUUCACCGCCAGCAGCGCCGAUCACAUGCUCAACGCUCUGUGACUGUGAGAAUUCUGCUUUCUCUUUUCAUUUCCAUAUCAAUAAUGCCACUCUUUGUGUGUGUUUUUAUGUCUUAAUCCUUUUGUUCAAUCGGCAUAUAUUUGACAUCCAUUGAAAUAACAAGUGAUAUUUGGAAUA